AUUGGUGUGUUCCUGAGCCCUGUAGAUGGACAUGUGGUGGCAAAUUUCUGGGAUUCAUCUGAUUGCAUCAAGUUCUUUUACAAGGAGAAAAUUCCAGAUUUAGGAGCUUCCCUGACGGAUGUGGUCCGUUUAUGUCAGCGCUUCCUAAACACAUAUCACUUCGCCACGCUGUACAACACACACUACCACACAGCUGUCUAUUCUGCUUACAUAUUUCAGCCAAGCAAUGGUGGAGGCAGAGAGACGCGCUGGUUUAUAGAGCCACAGUUGGUGAAUCCCUCAUGGUCUGAAGAAAUGGAAGAUGGUUAUAAGCUGUUGCAGCAAAAACCAGAUAUCUAUUUAGGAGAAAAACAGGCUCUGAAUGAAGACUACACAAACUCAGGAUUUGACCGUGGACACUUGAACCCCAAUGGACAUCAUGCAGUUCCAAGUCGAAAUGCCACCUUUUCCUUGACAAAUGUGGUGCCCCAAAUCCCAACGCUGAAUCAGAACGCAUGGAACAAACACGAGUCUAAACUGACCAGCUUGUUUAAUGGCAACUGUCAUCAGGCUUAUGUGUUGGCUGGUGCUAUUCCUUCUUCUAACAACUGGAUCAUCAAGAACAAUGUCAGAAGGGUCAACAUCCCACAGUACAUCUGGAACGCUUACUGCUGUGUCGAUCAAAAUGGCCGCCCCGUUCUAAGCGGUGCUGCAACUGCCCUAAACACAGAGCUGAAUGUGGUAGUUGAACACACCUUAGAUGAGAUGGUCGACUUCCUUCAGCAAUUCUCUGAUGCACCGGUGAAUGAACUGUUUAGCGGCCAAUGCAAAGCUUAGGCCAACACAUUUACUUCAACUGGUAACACUUUAUAUUAACUUUCAUUAAUAAAUCAUUAACAAACAUUAUGUAAUGUUUAACAGAUAAUUUUAUGUAAGUUCAAAUGCUAACAAAUGUUAUUUAACUUUCAGUUCAUAUGAUCAGGCACCUUUUAAAAAUCUACAACUAAUUUCAACAGAAAUUAAACAAUUAUUACAAGGUUAUUUGUUAAUGUACUUUUGA